AUGGUCGGAAAUCCCGCCUCAGGGUAUAUAGACUGGAGAGCAAUCCACAAGGACCCGGAGCUGCAAUUUUGCGGCUCGAAUCGCCCAGCGCUGAGAUACCUCCAUUUCCAUUUCGUCACUAGUGUUCUCCGUCGCCACAGGUACAGACGCGAGGGAUGGCAGAAGGAUAUUGUCCGUCAUGCAGCUGGUCCGUUUUGGGCUAUAGGCCAAAUUGAGGAUAUGGAGCAGUUCUUCGGGAGGGUUCUUCAACAGAUGCCCCUUACGCCUGAAGGGAAAGCGCUAAAGUCCGCUGAUGAAGACAUCGGCGACGGGGAGGUCACAGCUCAUCUUGACAUGGAGCCAGGAGAGAUGGAAGACGAGGAGGAGCAGGAGGACUAG